AGUAGAGGGCGCUGGUUUUUUUGACAAACGGGGAGUGUCGAGAUUCACAUCAAUUCGUGUCUGCUUUUUGUGGCAGAAAAAAUGGCUUAGGAAUGCAAAAUAGUGUUAAAGUGCAAGUAGAAUCGCUAGUAAAAGUGUCAGUGCAUCGCUAGGGCUAGUUAGUGGUCAGGCUGAAAGAGGUGGAGAGUGAAAAAGUUGAAGGAUCCCCCGCGCGAGACACGUCGCACUCCCAAAAAAAAACCUCCUCGAAACAUAGCAAACUCUAGUGAGAAAUUUAGGAGUGAUUGAGGAAGAAGUGGCGCGCAAGGAGUGCGCGGAAGUGCUGAUGGUGUGUCCGGAAAGAUGAAUUCAGUGCUGUCCGCGUUCAAAAGUGGUAGCAAAUGUGACACAACUCGCGCAAAACCACCCACAAAGUCCAGCAGCAAGACUAGUGACUUCCCCAGUGAUUACGAGAGCCUGAGACGUAUCCGGGAGAUUAGCUCCAACACCAAGAUGAGCAAUCUCAUUGCUGAUGACGAAGUGGAUGCCACUGUGGUCUUCCCAGCUGUUCGGCCACCUCCCAUUGUGCCCGGACGCUCAAGUACAGCUUCAGUGGAUGGUAGCGAUGGGAAGGCCACGGGGAGUAGGCGCGAUGUCUUUUCGUUGCCAGCUGUCCAUGGGAAGAAGACCCCGGCGGAGGGGGCAAAGACACGAAUGUCGACACACCAAAGAAACCUCAGUUUGGACUUUAGGUCCAUGGGAAUACUCUUGCCGCCCGUUUCACAAGUCACCAAGUCCACGUCACGGAAGAUUGUCACGCAACACCAUCGGAAUCGGAGUCUGGACAGUGUCCUCCAGAGGAUUCCAGAGGUGGAAGUGUCCUCGCCAAGUGCAGAAUCUGAGAAUAUUCUCUGUGCUCAUGCAAUUCUCAGUGCUGUCAAGCCGACGACAUGCACAGGAAUUGAUGGGACAGAGAGUCUCACGGAUGAGGGAGUGGAAAGUGCCACAUGUGGCCAGAAGCAGCUAACAGUUGUGGCUGCUGGUGGGUCAAAAUCAAGUGCUGAGAGUCAAAAGAAGAAAGAUGAUCUGACGAGUCUUGGUUCGGAUGAUUCGGGCAUAAUCUGUGGAUCAGAACCCGAUCAGACGUCCCUGUCCAAAGUCACGAGACAAAGCCAUGAGAGUCUGGAUUCGGGAGGUGUUCCGGAUCCAGUGGAACUCAUGGAGUAUGGGCAGGAGAUUGUCAAGAGUCCAACGACACCUCCAGCUGAGCCACAAAAAAGCAGUGGGAGAAAUUAUCUCAUAAAUACUCUGACACGGAAGAGUGAUGGACAGAAGCAUCAGAUUAAGAAUGUCGCAGUGGCAAUUGAUCUUGAUACACCACCCACGGAUGUUGAUGAGGUGGACAACAGCAAAGCUGAGUGCAAAUCCCCUGGGGAUAGCUUAAAGAAUGAAUUGAUCUUUAAGAGUUUCUUUGGAGCUACACGCAAUGUUAUCUUCCGGACAGCUCAGAGUAUUAUUGAUAAUCAUGAGAAGAAGAAUAAGGAGGUUGAGGGACAAACACCAAAACCACGAAAAGAUUUUCUCCUGCUGAAAUCCACCUCGAGUCGCAAAAAGGCAACAACAUCACCAGAAUGUCUGUCGCCGGAAGUGGAGGAGAAAUCUCAGCACAAUUCCAUCUUCUCACUGCGGCCAAAGAGCAAGGGAAAGGUACCAGGAGUGGCUCAAUGCUACGUCCAUGAAGAUAAGAAGGAUUCAGGGCAAGUUGUUAGUGCUAGUGGUAGAAAGGGUGGACACAAUGGACUGCUGCGCUUCUUUGAAUCUCCCGUCUUCAAUAUUCACUUUGCCGUUCACUACCUGUUCUAUUCCAAAGAGCCUGGAGUCUUGAGUUUCAUCGGGAACAAAAUAUUCAGCUUUACUGACAGUGAGGUUGACCUGUACAUUCCACAAUUGAUCUUGAUGUACAUUCAAAUAGACGAACUGGCUGAAGUUCUCGAUCCCUAUUUGGUGUAUCGAUGUCGCAAGAGUGCAGAUUUCUCCAUUAAGUGUUCAUGGCUUCUUGAGGCGUACAAUUACAAUGUUGAUGCGGUUAGUGGGGCCAAUUCAGCCAAGUUGUCACAGUUGUUUCUGCUGAAGGAGUUGUAUCCGAAGAAGGAACGAAGGCAGAAGAAGUUUGAUAUGCAGGAGGUGGUUUAUGAUGAGGAAGUGCUGUCGCCAACGAAGAAGACACAUCAUAGGUCACAAUCUGAUGCCACGGGACUGAUUCAGGAGAGUCGAAAGCGACCACCAUUGACUCUGGCCAAUUUUUCUCUGUCCCAUCUGUCCUUGGGGGAUCUGUCCACGGGCAGAGCCUUUGACAAUGGUUGCAUUUGCUUUGAGAGUGUCCGGGGUACAGUGAAUAAUUUGCGUGGGCACAAGACACUGUGUGUCUGUGGUGCACCAAAACUUUUGGCACAGCGUGAAUUUAUGAAGACACUCAUUGAGAUUGGGCGUCAGCUGACGAGUUUGCCCACAAAAAGUGAAAAAACCACCCAAUUGAGAAUGUCUCUCAAUUCAGUGAAUAAGAAUCUUCCAGCACGCGUUUGGCUUCCAUUGCACACGGAGAUUCCGCAUCAUGUGGUAAGAAUCACUGAAGACAAGACUGCUGUGCUCAAUUCCAAAGACAAAACACCGUACAUCAUUUAUGUGGAGGUGGUGGAAGUUGAUGAUAUCUACACAUGUCCAGUGAUACCAAAGAUGAUGCCAACAUUGCGCCAUACCAGAAGUGUUGAACACUUGGAAUCUGCCGGAAAUCAUGUGGUUACAGAGGUAACAGUCAGUGCAACGAAUCCCAAACUCCAAAUUCCCCCGAGAAUCAGGGCAGUCCAUCAGCUAUCUCUGUCCAAUUCCUCUGAUACUGGGGUAAGUCAAGGGGAGAAAAUUUCCGAAUCCACAGUUUCCUCAUCCACAGAUGCUCCGGAUUCGGGUCUAGUGGCAACAGCCACAGAUCUGGGGAGCAUUGAGAAGAUUGAAAUUACGGAGGAUGAUGUAUGGUCGCAGGAAGAUGAUGAAAUUACAGCGCAGUAUUUGAAUAUGCACAAACUCAGUGAGAGGGAUACGUUGUCGCAAAUGUCUCUCGAAUCGUGUGAUUCCAGGGAACAGAGUGUUCCAGCUCUGUUCAAUAUUGGGGACGUCCGGACGCGACAUUGUGCCAAUUUGAACAAUGAAAAUGCCAAACCUUUCAGCAAUGAUCCAGAAGAUCCUUCAGCUGCAGCUCUAAAGGAACCAUGGCACGAAAAGGAGAAACUCAUCAGAGAAACCUCUCCUUAUGGCCAUCUCUCCAACUGGCGCCUCCUGUCAGCGAUAGUCAAGUGUGGCGAUGAUCUUCGGCAGGAAUUGAUGGCAACACAAUUGCUGCAGAUGUUCAAGCUGAUAUGGCAGGAAGAGCAGGUGGAUCUAUGGGUUCGUCCGUACAAAAUAGUUUGUCUCUCCAAUGACUCAGGGCUGAUUGAGCCAAUUCCCAAUACUGUGUCUCUCCAUCAAAUAAAAAAGAAUUCCAACAAGAGCCUCCGAGACUAUUUUAUCGAUGAACACGGAGAUCCCGAUGAAUUGAGAUUCAAACGGGCACAGCGCAAUUUUAUGCAGAGCUGUGCUGCUUACUGUUUAAUUUCCUAUCUACUCCAAGUUAAAGAUCGACACAAUGGCAAUAUUUUACUUCAUUCAGAUGGUCAUCUUAUUCAUAUUGAUUUUGGAUUUAUCUUGAGCAUUUCACCCAAGAAUUUGGGCUUUGAACAGUCACCCUUCAAGUUGACGCUGGAAUUUGUGGAUGUUAUGGGUGGGGCUUCUUCGACACUGUGGCAGGAAUUCAAGCAUUUGCUUCUCAAGGGACUUUUGGCUGCUCGAAAGCAUCAAGAUCGAAUCAUUAAUAUUGUUGAGAUUAUGAGAAGUUGCUCUCAGCUUCCCUGCUUCAAGAAUGGAUGUUCGGGAACUGUACGCAAUUUGCGAAAUCGUUUUCACAUGAGUCUCACUGAGCAGGAAUUGGACCGAAAGGUUGAUCAACUAAUUCAGGAUUCACUGAAUUCUCUGUCCACCAAACUCUACGAUGGGUAUCAGUAUCUGACUAAUGGGAUUUUGUGAGAGCGAUUUUACAUGAAGAUUUAAAAAAAGGUAAAUGCAAGAAAAAAAAUCUUUCACAAUACUAAAUCGAUUUAGGAUUAGUCUAUAAAUUCUCUCUUUAAAACAAAAAAAAAACUUACUAUUAACACUACUUUGAACAAGUGCAUGUGGGAACGUGCGUAGGAGUAAAACUUUUACUACAUUAUUCGUAAGAAAGUAAAAAAAAAAACGUAAAUGUGUAUUUGGGAUGAUUUUUUGGGGAGGAGUGAUGAAAAAAAAACUAUUAUAAAUAUUACGUCCAUUUUUUCUAUAUAAAAUGAUAAAAUUGAUCUUACAAAAAUCAUAAAUAGAAAUUUAUUGGAUAAAUGAGAGCAUUUUUUUCGGGAGAAAAAUACACAUAAUGCAAGAAAAAAAACUGAUGAAAUCCACUAAAGAUAUUAUACAAUUAAAUGUGACCACAAGUAAUAUAUUAUUAUUGAAAAAAAAGAAAAACAAAGUCGGUAAAAAAGUAAAUUUUAGAUAUUAAGUGCUGAUAAUCAAAUCACACAAUUUACUGAUAGAACUAAUUGAUUAGUUGUAAAAUCUGUAUAUUCGUUAUAAAAUGGAACACAGUUGCGGGAAAUGCAAAACAAAAAAAAACGUUUAAGGCUAAACGGCAAAAAAAUGCAAUGAUUAGAGAAAAAAAAUGCACUGAUUGAAGGCGUGAGAUAAGAUCACGCUGAAAGUGAAUUGAAAAUAAAUCAUUAUUUAUUACUUAUUCUACGAAGAUUAAAAAAAAAAGUUCUCUUUUUUAUAUAACAGAUAUAAUUAAUAGAAAUUUGUAUGAUGUACCUCCUUAUAUACCUAAAAAAAAAACAAAACAUUAACAUUAUUAAAAAAAAAUAGAGGCAGUAAAAGUCACUCUAUAUCCCGUACUGAUGGAGAGAAAGUUCAUAAAUAAAUCAUUAUGAAAAUUAAGUAAAAAAAA